ACAAAAUUAAUGGUCAAAAUUGAGCAUUAAAACAAGGUAGUUAAGGUCCAUUUUACUUUAACGCUAAAGUAUUUCAACUUCGAUUUCUAUCAACGUAGAUGAGAUGCAAAAUCUUGUACUAAGCCUACUGAUAGCGUGAAGGGCGCGAGAGGCGCGCGGCGGGGACCGACGGGCGGGCGGCUUUAUCGAACGUGGGCGGUUGGCGCAUGGCACCUCGCCGCUACUCGCCUCCGACCUCCGUAGCGCGCUCCCGCGAUGUGCACUACGCUACGCGGCAUCUACCACUUAUAAUAAUUUAAUUCGCGAAAUUGAACGUUUGCGUGCGGCAGAAGAAUAAUGUAGAAAACAGUGCGACUCCGUCACCCACGACGUAAACUAAAGGAAUAUAAGAAAAGUGAUAAUUAUGACAAGCAAUAUUAGUAUAAAAUAUAAUGGUUACAAGGAAACUCAUGUAUAGAAAUUCAAGCGACGUAACGUUGUGCAUAUCAAAAGUAUGGACGUUCAGAAACAACAUUUAUGUCCACGGUUGGUGGAUUAUCUAACUAUUGUUGGGGCCAAGCCCUACACCUCGGGGAAAGGGUUGGCGCCGGUGCAGGCACCUGAAUUGCUAAGGCGUUAUCCUCUCACGAACCACGAUGACUUCCCCCUGCCACUGGAUAUGGUGUACUUCUGCCAGCCCGAGGGCUGCGUGUCCGUGGGACCGCGCAGGCAGCUCGCGCACAUCACCACGAGGGACACCACCUCAUUUGUUUUCACGCUUACCGACAAGGAUUCAGGUAAAACGCGUUAUGGAAUCUGCAUCAACUUCUACCGCGCGGUGGAGCGCGCGCCGCCGCCCGGCCCGCGCGAGCGCGGCGUGCUGCGGCGCGAGUCGUGGCGCAAGUCCAUGGAGAGGAGCUCCGACUCCGCCUUCUCCAGUGACUAUAGGAGCAGCAACGUGGCGCCGAGCGACUCGGACUGCAGCGCGGCGCCGCGCCUUGCGCCCGCGCCGCCCGACUCCGAGAGCGGCGGCUCGCACUCGCCUAGUCCGCGCGCCACUAGAAAACGACAGCGAGUGCGGAAUCAUUCUUUAACGUCCAUAUGCCUUUUAUCACACCACCCUUUCUUCUCAACAUUCCGAGAGUGCCUCUUUAUCCUUAAAAAAUUAAUAGACGCCUGCAAUGAGUCUUCCAGUCCAAGACGUGUCGGAGCGUCCAGACAAUCAUUUAGAGAUACGGUAUGGUCGGUGUUAACGGGUCAGGCGUACGACAACACGCCAACAAUAGUAGUUCAUGAUGUCAAAGAAAUAGAGACAUGGAUUCUCCGCCUGCUGUCGGCGCCGGUGCCCGUGCCUGGCAAGACGCGCCUGGAGCUGGAAGUACUAUCGCCCACUGCUCAUGCGCCGCUAGUAUUUGCGUUGCCAGAUCACACCCGAUUUACACUCGUCGAUUUCCCUUUACAUUUACCUCUGGAGUUACUUGGUGUUGACACGUGCUUGAAAGUUCUAACACUGAUCAUGUUAGAAAACAAGGUGGUGGUUCAGUCGCGUGACUACAACGCCCUGUCGAUGUCGGUAAUGGCGCUCGUGUCCAUGCUGUACCCGCUCGAGUACAUGUUCCCCGCCAUACCGCUGCUGCCCAGCUGCAUGAGCUGCGCCGAACAACUCCUACUGGCACCCACUCCGUUCCUCAUUGGGAUCCCGGCUACUUUUCUCACCUACAAAAAGAACUUCAGGUUUCCAGACGACAUUUGGCUCGUGGAUUUGGAUGCAACGAAACUUACGUGUCCUACUGGUACCGACCACGAGCUUCCCCCGCUGCCAGAACCGGAGAGCUCAGUCCUAAGAAACCAUUUGAAACAGGCUAUGCAAGUCAUGGGAACCGCCGGAACUGGUGCCCUAAACAGCCUAACAACCAACUCAGCUGAGCAGGCGAAGGCGCCUCUAAUGCCCUCAAGAAGAGAUAGCGUUGGAGGAGCGACUCUUAAAGUGCAACCGGCAACAUUCAGGGAGGGCUCACAUAGCACGCCGGAGAGUCGCCGCGUGUCCGUGGGCAGUGCGCACACGCAGCGGCUGUCGCUGGCGUCGCCGCAGCCGCCGCACUCGCCGCACUCCCCGCCGCAGCCCUUCAACCCGCUCAUAUACGGCAACGACGUCGAUUCCGUGGACGUCGCCACAAGAGUCGCUAUGGUGCGAUUUUUCAACUCGCAGAACAUUUUGGCCAAUUUCAUGGAACACACUCGAACAUUACGUCUGUAUCCACGGCCCGUAGUGGCGUUUCAGAUCAAUAGUUUUUUGAGAUCGAGGCCGAGAAAUAGCUCCUUUUUGUACAAAUUUGCCCGAACGCAAGCGGUCGAGUUCUUAGCGGAGUGGUCGCUAACACCAAGUAAUGUGGCUUUCCUACGCGUACAGACGGGUGUGUUUGACCCGCGGCAAAUAGGAGAUAAGCCGAAGUGGUUCGCAGACCAGUUGCAACCAAUUCGAUUCGCUGUUUGGGACGACGGCAGCUCGUUGAAUGGUGCGUUGCGACAACUUCAGAGACACGAAAAUCAGCCUACAGAUGAAAGCGGCUCAGACUCAGAAGCGGCAGAGAGUACUAGCUCAUCGUAUUCGUCUUUAAGUGAUUUCGUUUCCGAGAUGGCUUCAUCCGAUUUAUCACCAGGAGGCAAUCCUCAUCAACAACACGUGGUUGGGGAGACGUACAACGCAGUAGUGCAAGUUCCAAUGACGCUAUCGUCUUCAUUAGAUCCGAAAACGGUAUACACUCCUCCGUCGUUUCUCAUGUUUGGAGAAGAAGAAGAGCCUCGUCGAGAGGGGCGCGUGUCCACGUCGCCGUCGCCGUCCGCGUCCAGCUCCGAGCACAGUGAGCUGUCCGACGACGACGUGCCCGGCGCCAUGGACCGGCCGGACGCCGACUGCCAACCGGCACCUGUGAAGAAGAGUGACACGGACAGCGGUAGCCUCGGGCGCGAGUCAGACUCCAACUCGACCACGACGCCGGCCACCGUGGUGUCGCGGCGCCCGCGCUCGCCGCAUCCGCCGCAGCCGUCGCCGCACAGCCCGCGACCCAAGGGUUCAAAUACCGGUGUAUCGAGACAGGCGUCACAGACGUCUCUUUUGGAGCAAUUUGCUGCUCAAGCAAAAGAACUGGUACGGGAGACCACACGGCAGAGCAGUCAGGAAGGAUUACUGGCUCAUAUGGACAAGAAAGGAAAAGUUGCCCAAGCGGAGGAAAAGAAUAUUUUUGCGCCUUUCGACAAGCUUACGCUUCAUGCUAAGAAAGCUGCAGAGGAAGCAUCAAAGAGUGUGCAAGAAGCAUCUAAAUCGGCACUUGAGGCGAGCAAAACAGCUACAGCUGUGAGCAAAAACACCUUCGAAGACCUCUCGUAUGUUAGUAAAUCUACUUUCGGAGAUCUUACGAAGAGUGCCAAAGAAGCUGCCGCAAAAAAAGGACUGUUAAAGGGCGAGAGCCAAGACGGAGCUGCGGGUCAAAACGCAAGGAGGGACUCAACUGCGUUACAGACGACCAACUUAUUGGCUACUACUCAUCGAGACUUUUUCUCUAACAUCAGUUCUGACCUGAAUGGUCUCGCGGCGUCCACGUCGAGUAUGUUCAGUGACUUCUUUGGAUCAAAAGGAAAGCAAGGGAAGCCCGCAGAAGCGCCCGCGGCGGCUCCGCUGGCGGCCACGUUCGGGCCGUUCUCGCAGGGCGCGCGCGGCCUAGUGCAGCGCUCGCCGCUCAUCCGCCACGCCUCGCCCACGCCGCCCACGCCGCCGCCCACCACGCGCUCCGCCAACAGCGAGAACCAGGCCUUCCUCAAUGACUUGAUACAACAUGUUCUCGAAGGCGAAGGCGUUGGAUGGCUAAAAUUGAACCGCUUAAAGAAACUUAUGGAAGAUGAAUCGUACAGGAACAUGGUGCUCAGCAAAUUGAAUAGGAAUUUCAACAGAAGGACAUCGCCUAACGACAAAGUAGAUGAUGCUUUUAUCAGCAAACCAGUAUGGAAAGGAAUGCUAAAAGUCCUCCAAUCCGUUGUCCACGGCUUGGAACACACGUAUUCCAACUUUGGUCUCGGGGGAAUGGCUUCUGUAUUCCAACUAGCUGAGAUGGCACACACACACUAUUGGAGUAAAGAGGUCGCAGGGCUAGAACAUGGUGGGAUGGCGGGCUCUGCGCUAUCGGAACAUUAUGGACGGCAAGAUUUAGAAACUCCAUCGUCAUCACCUUCUUCUAGAAAAAGCUCCCAGUCAGAUGUGCCAGUUGUAAAUUACCCAGAAAUGGAUCCAACGGAAUCUCAAAGUACGACAGAGAUAUUCAAAGACAUGUUGAAUCAGAAAAGGAAUCUUCUAUUUAGUAAAUUAACUUCCUUUGAUUCCGAUGCGGCGGCGACGUCGGACUCACCGGAUGACAGCGGCUCCAUCACCACUAACCGCGCCACACUUAUCGAUCACCGCGCCUCUUUUAAGUCUAAUCUCUCUGAUACUGACGUCAUGUUCCUCAAUGUGGGUCGAGCAGGCGGCAAAGGUCGUACGGGCAGUGUGUUCUCGUCCAAGUCGUCGCUGAGCGGGCGGCCCAUGGCAGGCGUGCCCACCACCUCGCCCCUCACCUCGCCUGAAACAGCACGCACUUACCUAUUUCAGGGGCUUAUAGGAAAAGAAAGAUCAAACCUAUGGGAUCAAAUGCAGUUUUGGGAAGAUGCAUUCCUAGACGCAGUGAGCCAAGAGCGGGAUAUGAUUGGAAUGGAUCAAGGUCCGAACGAAAUGAUGGAACGUUAUAAAUGUUUGAGCGAAACAGAGAGGAAACGCCUCGAGCACGAAGAAGAUAGACUGUUAUCGACAGCUUUGUAUAAUUUGACCGCGGCGAUGGUUCUAUUCGGCGUAGAAGCAGAUAUAGUUCGGAAUAAAGUGCGGCGAUUACUGGCUAAAAGCCACAUCGGCCUAGUGUACAGCCAGGAAGUUAAUCAUUUGCUUGAUGUCGUUCACAAUUUGCACGGGAACGACAUAAGUCUGAAGGCGCUGGGAUCGCGCGCGGUGCGGCGCGCCACGUUCACGGUGCACGAGGGCGACGCAGCGGGCGCGCUGCGCUUCAUGGAGGUGCGCCACGACGGCCUCGUGCUACGUUCCACGCAGGGGACGAUAGUGGAGAGGUGGUGGUAUGAACGCCUAGUGAAUAUGACGUAUAGUCCCAAAAUAAGAGUUUUGUGCCUUUGGAGGAAGAACGGGGGUCAGACGCAACUACAUAAAUAUUACACUAAGAAGUGCAAAGCGCUAUAUUACUGCAUCAAAGAGGCGAUGGAGAAGAGCGGGCGCCGGCAGGACGCGGCCGAGCUGGGCGGCGAGUUCCCCGUGCAGGACUGCGCCACGGGCGAGGGCGGCCUCAUACAGGUGUGCAUGGAAGGUGUCGGUCUCCUGUUCCACCAUAGCAAGGAUUUCGAGUUCUUCGUGCGGCUUGACCACAUACGAAAAUGCUUCACUCAGAAUGGCGGUAUCUUCGUUUUAGAAGAAUUUAAUCCCAAAACGAGACAGAUAAUACAGAGAAAAUAUAAGUCAAUAAUGGCGGAUCAAAUAUGUUACGCGGUGCUAUGCGUGUUCUCGUAUUUCGCGGCGGGCCACGAGCAGAAAAAAGUGAUCCUGGAGCAGGCGGCGCGCAUUCAGCCCGCGCCCGCGCCGCCCGCCGAACCGGACGCGGCUCACGCGCCGAACAAGCCUGUCUUGCAGAUGGACAGGAGGCCAUCAGAUACAAGAACCGGCGAAAUUAUGGAAAGGCAAAGAUUGCCACCGGACAGGCAGCCGCGCGUUUUGCCGGAGAGGCCGCGGUUGUUGCCGGAACAAGCCGCACGGGUGGACGUGCGGGAGAGUGUGGAGAGCGAGGAAUGCGGGAGCGGGGAGAGUGCGGAGCGGGUGGCUGGCGCGCACGCGGCGGCGCAGCGUGCUGAGAGCUUACCGCCGCGCCGCCCGCCGCCGCCCGCGCCGCCGCAGCCGCGGCUGGCGCGUGCGCACUCGCAGGCCUGCCCGCCGCGCCCGCACGAACCUCCCACGAUUCCACCGCGCGUGGGCGCGACCCCGCGCGCCGGCCCGCCGCCCGCGCUGCCGCCGCGCCAGAUGUCGGCCGCCGCGGACAUCAGCACCAGCCCAAGAGGCUCCUCAACGCCCAGCCCGGUGCGGCGCGGCGGGCUGGCACGCCAGGGCUCGGCGCCGCUCGCGCCCUUCGCUCCCGCCAACCCCUUCACCGCCGCGCGCCACGCCGAGUUCGUCAUCCCGCAGCGCGGCACCGCGCGCCGCCCCUCCGCCGACCGCAGCUAAUAAAUUAAUAUAAGGAAGGCCGCCAACCUAUUUAUUACCUAAACCACAUGCAGAGCCAAACCCAGACAGCUCCAGCUAACUUCACUGAUGAUUAACAUAAUGUUGGUAACAUUGUAUAACCCUUGCGAUUCACGAGCGCGCGUGAACUUUACUCGUGGUUCCGUCGUGUACAAGCACAUGGCGUAAGUGUGCGUGCCUGUCGGACCAAUCAUUCGCGAGCAAACGCACACAAUAUUACUUUACUUAUACCGAUACGACUAAACACAAGCAUGAGUCACGCCCACUCGUGAAUUGCAAAAACUAGGUAUACCAUUUCUUAACCGCACUUUGGAUGAGAAUUCGUAUCGUACGUGCUACGAAUACUGAUCGCACGAAAAGAGCGCGCAAACUGAAUACGUUUUUAGGGUUCUGUGCCCGAGGAGUGCCAAUGGGUCCCUAUUGCUAUGCCAUCGCUGUUCAUCCGUCUAUCCGUCGUGUCUGUCAGCGAGCUUAUAUCUCAUGAACCUUAACAGGGAAAGCGUUGAUUUUUAUUGCCGCUAUAACAACAAAUAAUAAAAAUUUCAAAUAAUAUGCCAUGCAAAUAAAAAAAAACUGUUUUUUUAUACGAUGGUACGAAACCCUUCAUGUGCGAGUCCGACUCGCACUUGACCGGUUUAAUAGGCAGUGUCCCGGUGAUAGAUUUUGUAUAUUCAAUACACGAAAAUGUAUUUAAAAAUCCCAACAAGCUCGGAUUGUUUUCGGUCGUCGGAACUACGUACGGGUACGUACGUAUAAGUAGGUACGACUAAUUCGUACCCAGCCCGCGAGCUCCCAUAGUGCUUGCAAGGUCGGGAUCGUUCGUGCGUACAAGUCAAAUUCUUACUAAAACGCAUCCAAAGUGCGGUCGGCUUUAGCCCUAAGUAUUCCUCCGAUGCAAUAGGACGGAUUAAAAAAAGUAAUAUUUUACUUUUUUUUAAUGCAACUCUCGCGCAGUAGUUGCAACAUGUCGCGUCCUAUAAAUAAAUCGAGAUUUGACAACCGAAAAUAGCAGAUGUCCUUCAUGAGUUUUGGUUGAGUAGCAAACGAUAAACGAUCGAAAGUAAAUGUACAGAAUCAGAUACUGGUCUUGGAACCAAUAAAGACUGCACGUCUCAAAAGGUGUUUUAAUGUAGCUAAGUACUACAAUAGUUAUUGUGUCGGCUAAUUUCAUAUCAGUGUGAAAAGUAUUUUUUGUAGGUAAAUUAAUAAUUUAUAGUGGCAUCCAGGACCAUUUGUCUGGUCCUCUUUUCUAGACUUAUUGUACAGUAAAAUCAUGUUAGAGCACGAUCUCAUCAGCAGUCCAAACGCAUGAGUGCGACAGAUUUCUCUCACGACUUUUGAAAGUAUUCUCGACUGAUUGCUGGCAGCAGGCGAACAAUUGGCGGCUAACUGGCUGAUUUAACGCGCUAUACUAUUUUCUUUAGAGCGAUCUCACGUAGGAGCUGCGAUACCUACGCCUUUUGCGCCAACUUGCUCGCAAACUAACGUUAUUCAGUCAGCGGCAUAUUUGUUCAACGCCCUCAAAGUAACAGCUGAUAAUAUAGUUCUAAGUCAUGCAGACAUACGGCUAAUGAGAUUGCGUUCAUAUUCUUACCCUGACAAUAAUAUUAUGUAUGCAAUCAGUAAUUAGACACCUUAUCCGACCGCACCUCAAACUAAAUAAAUAAAUAUAUUUCUGAAACAAAUGUACAGUGA